UGUAGUAUUCAAUUAUUUGUUAUAUGCUUAUUUUCCUUUUUGCAUUUCUUUUUAAUUUUUCAAGUGAAUUAAAUUUCUUUUUUAAUUCAUGCUUGCAUCAAUUUCACUAGAAAGUAUUGAUUUCAUUAAUUCAUGCUUGCUUCUGUAGUUAAUAUUUUUAGAGACAAAAAAAAUACAUUGUUAAUAUCAUGGAAUGUCAUGAUAAAUGCAUGAGUCAAUUAUUUCUUUUUAAGAUUUUGAAACAACAAUUUACUUUGACUGCAGGUUCACUUUCGUGAUUUAGAGGUUUUAAAAUUGAAGAAUAUUAGUUUUGAAAAGAUUUGGGAUAGCCAACUUUUAACUUCUUCUUAUCAAAAUUUGAUACACUUGAUCUUAUUUGAAUGUGAUAAAAUAAAAUAUGUGUUCCCUUUGUCAAUAGCCAAAAACCUCCAACAACUCCAAUACCUUGAGUUAAUGAGUUGUAAGGUUUUAGAGAGAAUUGUUACUCCAGAAGAAGGAACAGAAGCAGCUGUCAAUUUUUCCUUUCCACAGGUAACCAAAGUGACGCUUCAAUAUCUACCAGAGUUUACAGAUUUUUAUCCUGGAAUACAUACGUCAGAAUGGCCAAAACUGAAAGCGUUGGUGGUCAAAAAUUGUCCUAAAUUUAAGAUGUUCACUUCAGAGCCAAAUUUCCUAUGCUAUAACCAAAAGAUCAACUAUGAUUUGAAGAUAUUUCAAGUAAAGGAUGGUUGGGAAGAGAUUAGUUGGUGGAGUCAAUCUAAAGAACUUAUAAUCUCUUGUUAUAAGUUGGCGCAUAUUCCACUUUGGCUCCUUCAAAGAUUUCAAAAUCUUACAUGUCUUUUUGUUUAUGGUUGCCAUGAGUUGGUUAACUUAACAACACCUUCAACAGCUAGAAGUUUGGUGCAGUUGAGAGAAUUGAAGAUAUCAUAUUGUGAAAUGUUGAUGGAAAUAUUAGAAAUUGAGGAAGAUGCAACAACUGAAAUCGUUUUUGAGAAUUUGAACAAGCUAUCAUUUGAACGGAUGGAAAAUCUCACAUGCUUUUGCUCGGGGAAUUACACUUUCAAUUUCCGUUCAUUGGAAGAAUUAAAUAUAGCAAAGUGUCCUAAUAUAAAGACCUUCUGUACAGGAAUCUUGAGCACUUCAAAGUUACAGAAAAUCAGUUAUGAGGAAAUGAAAGUUGAGAUUGAGGGGAAUGAUCUUAAUAAAACCAUACAAGAAUUAUAUAGAAAGGAAAACCAGGACAUCUCUUUUGAUUUGAAUUUGAAGUGCAAGGCAUUCCACCAUGAUAAUUCUAUGGAGAUUGGCUACAACCAACAUCCGAGUUCCUUCUAUCAAAAUUUGACACACUUGUUCUUGUGGAAAUGUGGAAACAUAAAAUAUGCAUUUCCAUCUUCUAUUGCCAAAAGCAUCCACCAACUCCAACAACUAAAGAUUCAAAAUUGCAAGGUUUUAGAGGAGAUCAUUGCAAAAGAAGAUGGAGCAAAUGCAGUUGUCAAUUUUGUCUUUCCAAAUAUAACCUUAUUGGCGAUUGAAGAUCUACCAGAACUUAUCGCCGCCUACCCUGGAAUAUAUGCUUUAGAAAUGCCAAAGUUGAAAGAAUUGGUGGUCCAAGAUUGUACCAAAUAUGUGAACUUAAAAGAAAACAAUAUGGAGACUGAGCUUAAUAUUUUAGAUCCAAAAUCUAUCUUCUUGGACAAUAAGAUUAACUUCAAUUUGGAGGUAUUUGAAUUAUAUGAUGGUGAGGCAAAUAUUUGUUGGCGAAGUCAAUCUAAAACUCUUACAAUCAAAAGGGAUAUCUCUGCAAAUAUUCCACUUCGACUCCUUCAAAGAUUUGAAAAUGUGAGAGAGCUCCAACUAUCUUGGAGUCAAUAUAAAGACACUAAGAGCCUAUGUGAUCUGCCAAAUCUUGAAAUUCUAGAAGUAGAUUAUUGUUACAGAUUAAUGAGUUUAGUGCCAUUCUCAGGUUCUUUCCAGAAUCUUAAAGUUUUGAAGUUAAAUUCAUGUGACGAAUUAAUGAAGUUAAUUACGCCUUCAAUGUCUAGAAGUUUGGUGCAGCUGAGAGAACUGAGUAUAACACUUUGUAAAAUGUUGAUUGAAAUAGUGGAAAAUGAAGGAGAUGCAACAACAAGUACUGAGAUUGUUUUUAACAAUUUGAACAAGUUGUCACUUGAAUGGUUAUAUAGUCUCACAAGUUUUUGCUCUAGGAAUUACUUCUUUAGUUUUCCAUCUUUGGAAGAAUUAAUUUUAAAAUAUUGCCCAAAUUUGGAGAUUUUUUGUCAAGGAAGCUUAUGCACACCAAAGUUAGAUAGAGUUAUUUACAACUCUAAAGAUGGGAAUGUGAAUGAGGUAGAGAUCGGGGAUAAUGACUUGAAUACAACUAUACAAGAAGAAUACCAAAAACAGAUCAACCAUGAUUUGGAGAUAUUUCAAUUACAAAAUGGUUUGGAACACAUUAGUUGGAGGAGUCAAUCUAAAGAACUUAAAAUCUUCUGUUAUAAGCCGGCGCAUAUUCCACUUUGGCUCCUUCAAAGAUUUGAAAAUCUUACAUGUCUUUUUGUUUGCGGUUGUCAUGAGUUGGUUAACUUAACAACACCUUCAACAGCUAGAAGUUUGGUGCAGUUGAGAGAAUUGAAGAUAUCACAUUGUAAAAUGUUGAUGGAAAUAUUAGAAAUUGAGGAAGAUGCAACAACUGAAAUUGUUUUUGAGAAUUUGAACAAGCUGUCAUUUGUAAGGAUGGAAAAUCUCACAUGCUUCUGCUCGGGGAAUUACACUUUCAAUUUCCAUUCAUUGGAAGAAUUAAAUAUAGCAAAUUGUCCUAAUAUAAAGACCUUCUGUACAGGAAUCUUAAGCACUUCAAAGUUACAAAAAAUCAGUUAUAAGGGAAUGAAAGUAGAGAAUGAGGGGGAUGAUCUUAAUAAAACCAUACAAAGAUUAUAUAAAAGGGAAAACCAGGACAUCUCUCUUGAUUUGAAUUUGAAGUGCAAGGUAUUCCACCAUGAUAAUUCUAUGGAGAUUGGCUACAACCAACAUCCAGCUUCAUUCUAUCAAAAUCUGACAAACUUGUUCUUGUGGAAAUGUGGAAACAUAAAAUAUGCAUUUCCAUCUUCUAUUGCCAAAAGCCUCCACCAACUCAAACAACUAAAGAUUCAAAAUUGUAAGGCUUUAAAGGAGAUUGUUGCGAAAGAAGAUGGAGCAAAUGCAGUUGUCGAUUUUGUCCUUCCAAAUAUAACCUUAUUAAAGCUUGAAGAUCUACCAGAACUUGCAACCUUCUACCUUGGAAUAUAUACUUUAGAAAUGCCAAAGUUGAAAAAGUUGGUGGUCAAAGAUUGUACCAAAGUUGUGAGCUUAAAAGAAAACAAUGUGGAGACUAAGCUUAAUAUUUUAGAUCCAAAAUCUAUCUUCUUGAACAAUAAGAUUAACUUCAAUUUGGAGGUAUUUGAAUUAUAUGAUAGUGAGACAAAUAUUUGCUGGCAGAAUCAGUCUAAAACUCUUACAAUCCGUAAGGAUAUCUCCGCAAAUAUUCCACUUCAACUCCUUCAUAGAUUUGAAAAUGUGAGAGAGCUCCAACUAUCUUGGAGUCAAUAUAAAGACAUUAAGAGCCUAUGUGAUCUUCCAAAUCUUGAAAUUCUAAAAGUAGGUUAUUGUGACAGAUUGAUGACUCUAGUGUCAUUCUCAACUUCUUUCCAGGACCUUAAAGUUCUUAAGGUAAGUUUUUGCAACAAAUUAUUGAAGUUAAUUACACCUUCAAUGGCUAGAAGUUUGGUGCAGUUGAGAGAACUGAGCAUAACAUUUUGUAUAAUGUUGACUGAAAUAGUAGAAAAUGAAGGAGAUGCAACAACAAGUACUGAGAUUGUUUUUAACAAUUUGAAUAAGUUGUCACUUGAAGGGUUAAAUAGUCUCACAAGUUUUUGCUCUGGAAAUUACUCCUUUAGUUUUCCAUCUUUGGAAGAGUUAAUUAUAGAAUAUUGCCCCAAUUUGGAGAUUUUUUGUCAAGGAAGCUUCUGCAUACCAAAUUUAGACAGAGUCAUUUACAAUGCCACAAAGGUUGGCUCCUUUGGGAAGGAAUUGACAUUAAGUACAUACAGAGAAACUACAAUGUUAUAG